CUGCAUUGCUCUGUGUGUUGUAUUGAGAAGGACGCGCCCAGCGCGCGCACACCGUAGACUACAGUAGAGUGAGCGAGCUGUGUAUGCCAGUGGUUUGACUGACAGCUACUUUACAGGACAGAGCAACGGCUCACAUAAUGAUGCCACACAAAGGUCUUGUUUUGUUAUGUGCAUUAAACAUUUUCCAAAUGCUGAGCGUGACUGUAGGAAGCACAGGGGGAUGUGAGUGUCCAGCGGCUACCAUAUUGACUCGCUUUCCAUCAUCUAUAUCCAACAACGAUUGUUGCUUGAACUACUCCGGGUCCACUUUCAACCAGGUGCACUGGUCUGCUUUCAUGUUAAAGACUCACCUGGAGAUUUUGGACCUGACUAAUUGUAAUAUCAGUCAUAUCGAUCACAGUAAAGUGGGAAAUACCUCCACUUCAUUGCGAUAUCUGCAUCUUGGUCAAAACAGACUGACGUCUAUUCCAGCUCAUUUCCUCGCUAAAGCCCAUAGUUUGGAGGUGCUGGACUUGGGAAUGAAUGAUCUGGCAGACUUGCCAGAUCGAUUUCUGGCGAACUCUGAACAGUUGCGGGUGCUGAUCCUUGGAUGGAACCAGCUCAGCUUUCUACCAAGUUCGAUCUUCAAGCCGUCAUUACAGCAUCUGGAGCUCUCUGGGAACCCCUGGGAUUGCACAUGCUCACUGUGGGAGAUGCUCCAUGACAACUCCAGUAGCAUUCAGGGCCUUGUGGGUAAUCUGACCUGUGAAUCUCCAAAAAGUCUAGCAGGACGAACAGUGUGGUCUUUGCAGAGCAGUGAGGUGUGCCGCUUGGCCAACCUGACCCCUCUCUUCAUCCUGCUUCCUCUCCUCCUCCUCCUCAGUCUGGUCCUGUGCUGGUGCUGUGGCAGGAAGAAGAAGAGAAAAGAGACCCUGUCAUUCAGCCCAGCUCGAAAAAGGUCCAACCACUCACAGUGCAAUGGACGGUGGCCACACACCAAAUUGCCCACAGGGGAGUCAGCCUUGUCUGUAGACAACAGAAAGGAGAACAUACUGAAGAACCAACUGGUACUUCAGCCCUCUUCCGACUUACUGGGCAGCACUCGGGACAUCUAUGAAGAGGUGGAGAUCAAACUGGGCUCGGUGGACUCGCUGGAGCCUCCGCUGUCCACCUGCUCCAUAGUAGAAACUGCAGGCAAGCAGGACCUGGACACGGUGAGUGUAACCGAGGUUCUGAAGGACUCGGCGGAUCGGGAGAAAGCUUAUAUGACCCAGUCUACUGAAUACUACAGCUUGGUUCCUGGGAUCGAGAUUGAAGACUCAGAUCAUGGAGAGUAUGAGAACGUGGAUCUCUCGUGACAUCUGAUGAACAUUUGAGAAGAUCCUUUAUUGUGUGUUUGGUUGAGAUCCUAUCAGGUAUAUUGGAGUUUUGUGCCAUGCUGUCGGAAGAGGUCAUCAGUCAUGGCGUGUUGGAGAGUACAAUGAACAACUGAACCAAAAGGAAGUUACUGAACCAGUGCAAAACCAUGACAUUUCCAUACAACAUGAAUGAAUUACUGUACAGCUAUGAUCAUGUGUCAGAGGCUGUUUGCAGACUCAAUAGGUCUGUUGCCAACUUAAGCUAUUAUAUAGCUGUUGCCUUUAUACAUUGUAUCUGCAUUGUAUAUCUUUGUCCAUUCUGUCCAUCAUUUUAUGUUAAUUUGAAUGUUUUAUUGUUAUAAUAUAUAUGUUGUAUUUCCAAUAUAUUUACAUUGUCUAUAUUAAGUGUUAUAUAUUAUGAUAAUUUAUAUCACAUUUAUGAAGAAGAACAUAAAUCAGCUUUAUUUGCAUUCAAGGCAAAAAUCUAGAGCAAGAGAUUAUUAAACAGAACUAUAGCCUGGCCUGUGGUCCUUAUCAUGAGUAGAUAAAUUACCAAAGAUGAACCGAGAGCUACAAUUCACUUUUGAUUGAUAUAUCAUUUCUCAUCCAUAUAGCAAGUUAUGAAGGGUUACUGUUUAUGUAACACUAUAAAAACAGUGAUCAUUUAAUGGUAGGAUAUUUGACUUAUGGACGUAACACUUAACCUUGUUAAUCAUUUAUCUUAGUUUGUUAAAAGUAAAAUUUCUCUUUCAAAUUGAAAGUGCUUUUCUGAUGGCUGCCUAAAGUUUUUAAGUAGAAUCAAAUUGGAUAAACAAGUUAUUUACUUGCUCUUUUAAAUUUGGACAUAUGUUAACUUGUCCACACUUUAAGUUUUUGUCACUUAUAAAAACAAGCUGAAUUUGCUAUCUAAUAAAAUACAUAACUGUAUUUUAUCUGUACAAAUGCUACACAUAUCAUAAGCUUUACUGUCUAAUGGUGGGUAUAUGCAUAUCCUAAGAAAAUAAAAGUUGGAUCUACUUAAAAA